AAUAUGGGAUGUUGUCGUUGUUCUUUGUUGUUUAUGAUUCACUCGACAAGAAAUAAGACAACCAAUGUCCUGCGUAGGAAUAAUGUGCAACUUACUUAUGCUUUUGGUAACUUUACUUUUCCUUUGUAUAAAGGCAAAAGCAACCUCCUUUCACGUAGACGCAGUAUUGCAACUCUGAAUCCUCUCAAGUUUAAAAAUUUUCCUUUUUUGAUACUUUCAGCUCCCCAAAAUACCGAGUCGUUGGUAGUCGUGAACAAAGAGUCCUCCACGCCAAGGAGAACUGGAAGUGUGCACACUCCUGAAAGCAAAGCAAAGAUAGCAGCAGCUAGAAAGGGUAGUAUUCCUUGGAAUAAAGGAAGAAAUCAUUCGAAAGAAACUAGAGAGAAAAUAUCGUAUAGCUUAAGACUCAAAAUGGCUGACCCUAAGAUAAGAGAAGCACUUCGAGAAAGGCAGUUGGGAAAAUUGCAUUCUGCCAUGACUAGGCUUCGAAUAAGACUUUCGAGUAAGAAAAGUCAUCCCAAGACCAGUUGGACUGUAGAAGGCAAAGGUCCUUUGCCUUAUUUCUUUUCCAGAGAAACGACAACACGAGUAAACCAACGCAUCUUUUUACAACUUUGCGAAUACAAAAUGCGUUUUCCUCAAAUCAAAACUUCUCGUCAGAAUCAAAAAUUGUCGAUCAUCUUUGGAAUGGAACCUGUCAAAAGUCAAUCAACUUCCAGUUCAAAAGCGAAAUUGACAAAAUCAGAAGAAACAAGAAGGAGAAUAGCAGAAUCUAUUCGUGCAAAAUGGAAAGAUGUGGAAUAUCGUUCUAAAGUGAUUGAAGCAGCUAGAAACCGACCAGGAAAGCCUAUUGGAGAAGAAACAAAGAAAAAGAUAAGCCAAAGUCUUCGAAAUUAUUAUAUCAUUAUGGGUAAGUCAUCGAUUGAGAAAAGAAAAAAGGAGAAUUGGAGUGAAGCAUACAAUCCCAUAUUAUUUCGCAAUCGGUUGGACCGCAAACAACGCAAGCAAAAGUUAGCUGAGAUGUUGCGCAAACAAAUGGAACAACUAAGUAUUCGGUUACGGUCUCAAAAUGGAGAAGAUACGAGCUCCAAUUGGAACAGUUCAAGCUCUUUAUCUCUCUGAGCUCAUGAAAUAGAAACUCGAAUAGAAAGAAACGAGUUCUUUUGAUAGCAAAACUGUUAUGAAGACUUGAAUAGAUUCUUUGGAGUAAAAAAAAAAAGUUAAAU